AUGGCUAUUAAGGUGUACUUAGAGAAGGCCUAUGAUCAAAAUCGGUGGAGUUUUCUUAAGGAUACUCUGCUUGAUAUUGGCCUUCCUGACAAUUUUGUUUCUGCCAUUAUGAGAUGUGUUUCUUCUUGUUCUAUGCAGGUAGCUUGGAACGCCUCUCUUGAUCAGGCUGAUGUAAUUAAAGGCGUUUUGGAAGAGUUUUGCGAAUCGGGUCAAAAAGUGAAUGCUAAUAAAACCCAUGUCUUUUUCUCUAAAAAUGUCAGCAGCAAUCUCAAAAUGCAAAUGAGUAGAGCCUUGGGUUUUAAAGCCACUGAUAAUCUAGGGAAAUAUUUAGGGGUUUCCCUCUUGCAUGGUAGAAUUAAUUUGGCUUCUUACUCUUAUAUCCUUGAUAAUGCUAAAAAACGUUUAUCUGAAUGGAAUGCAGCUCAUCUGUCUAUGGCAGGUCGGAUUACACUUGCCACCUCGGUGAUAGCUUCUAUGCCUCUUUAUGCGAUGCAGACAACAAAGCUGGCCAAGAGCAUUUGCAAUAAUAUUGAAAAAUCUUAUAGGAAAUUUAUUUGGGGAUGCUCUGCUGAGAAUAGGAAAGUCAUGCUCAUCCCGUGGAAUGAAGUUAGGCAACCUAAAGCAGAAGGAGGGCUUGGUUUUCGUAAUUUACAAUAUCUCAAUGAUGCUUUCUUGAUGAAAUUAGGUUGGGGUAUUAUGAAUGAUGGAGAUGCGCAUUGGGCUCAAGUUCCUCCUCUAAAUAUAAGCUCUUGGCGGACGGUCAUCCUAAUGAGAACCUCCGUAAUAGGGCCUCUAUAA